UCACGUUGUUGUCUUCUUUGAUAAUCAUGGAAUCAUCCUCCUCAUCAACCAUUUCCCUCUAAACUCUCUUUCUCUCUCUCUUUCUCUUCACCCAAACGGAGACUAGGGGAAGAGACGCCGAUUACGCUCCACUCAACCGCUGUGUUAUCUGUCAUUUUUCUUUUUUUCUUUUCCUCUCUGGAUCUAAAUCCUCGCCCUUACAAAGUUUUUUCUUCUUCCCUCAUUUUUUCCCGCGAGUAUUGUUUUGAGUCUUUCGGUUUCCUUUCGGAGAUCUUUCUCUGUGAGUCAACUGUAGCUGGUGAAAAGAGAUUCGAAAAGGAACUCUUCUGUCGGCUGAAUUUGAUCAAAAUUACUUUUACUGCUGUCGUCUCACGCCUCCUCAAGUCGCUGCUCCUCCCACAACUACACCAUUCAGACAUACUAAUACGCUGAAGAGAUGGUAAAAAAUCUGAAAAGAGUUUCUGAUCCUUCUAUGGAGGGCGCUGAUUCCAAUCUGGCUCCUUUGAAAGACACAACUCCACAAUCUGAUGCAACAUCGUGUAUAUCAUCUGUGGGAGACGCAACCGGUAGUGUCAAAGGAAGUGAAGUUGACCAUGAUUCCCUCGCUAUGGAUCAAGGCAUGUCUUAUUCAAGCAGUGGCUAUUACGGAUACUAUUAUCCAGGUUAUGAUUGUUCCUAUGGAGGGUUGGACAACCAAGGGUACCAUGUUGGUGGUGAUGGAAUGGAACUUCAAUAUCCUGUUAUGCAAGCAGAUAACGGGUCUUUUGUCUACUUCAUGCCAGGAUUUCAGCCUGGUUACACUCCAUAUUUUCCCAUGUCGACAAUUGGCGUUGAUGGACAAUAUGUCGAUCAACAGGCAUAUCUGCCAACCCCCAUGUUUCAACCACCAAUUGCCUCGCCUGGACAUUAUCCCACUACUAUUCCUUAUGGGAAGUUGCUACCAUCACCCUAUGUGUGGGAUCCAUCCCUUGUUGGAGAUGGAUAUUUUGGAAAUAUCUAUGCAGGAGCUCCAGAAUUUACAGAGCCAAAACACAAUUUGCCUUCCCCAAGUCACAGCAUCCAUAAACAACUGAAACCAGUGAACAAGGCCUUGCCUCAUGCCUCAUCUUUUCAGUCAGAUGUAGUUGCCAAAGGUUACUUUCCCGUUUCAAAACCUUCAGCCCAUAAUCAAGAGAAGGGUGGAAUGCCAUAUUCAAACAGUCCAGUGAAUUUAAAAGCAAAUGCAAGGGGUUGGGGCAGCAGUGAGAAGCUGAAAUCAAGAAGCAAAAUUAAUGGUGUUAGGGAUAUUGGUUUGCUAAAUGAGCACAACCAGGGUCCUAAAACGGCCAAUGCAAAAGGUGUUUUGAUUUCUGGAGGUAAUGCUGCUGGAUCCCUGGAAACUGAUGGGAAUGGAAAUAGUAACAGCAUAUCCUCUUUUAUCAGGAUGGAUCAAUAUAACCUUCCUGACUUUCCGACCAAAUAUGAUCAUGCAUUUUUCUUUGUUAUCAAAUCUUACAGUGAAGAUGAUAUUCAUAAGAGCAUCAAGUACAAUGUGUGGGCUAGUACUCCUAAUGGGAAUAAGAGGCUAGAUAGUGCAUAUCAAGAUGCUCAAGAGAGGAUGGUUGAUAAAGGCAGCAAGUGCCCAGUGCUUCUUUUCUUUUCGGUUAAUGCAAGUGGUCAGUUCUGUGGAAUAGCCGAGAUGAUUGGCCGAGUUGAUUAUAAUAAGAACAUGGAUUUCUGGCAGCAAGAUAAGUGGAAUGGUUAUUUUCCUGUUAAGUGGCACAUUCUAAAAGACGUUCCAAAUCCACUUUUACGACAUAUAAUACUUGAGAAUAAUGACAACAAGCCCGUUACCAACAGUCGAGAUACCCAGGAGGUGAGAUUUCCUCAGGGUAUUGAAAUGUUGAUUAUUUUUAAAAACUAUGUGUCAAAGACGUCCAUAUUGGACGAUUUCGACUUUUAUGAAAACCGCCAGAAGGUGAUGCAAGAAAAGAGGACGGGGGAAUUUACACCCCAUUAUAAUCUGCAGAAGAUAGAUGAAUUAACCACCAGUUUUAAGACGGUAGAUCUGUCUGCUGCGAAGAGCAUUGGGCAACCGGAGGACGUCGAAGACAAGGCGAAGAAAUGAAGAGGAUAUGAAAACCUUUACAGAAAGGGUCUAAUUGCUGCUGAGACCAAUGCCAACCUGGAUGGAAAUAAGAGCAGUCUCAGAAGAAAAGAAAAUAAAAGAAUUGACUUGUUUAGAAGAUUUUCAGUGAUCCUUUACGAGGAAAAAAGGAGCCGAUGAUCCUUUCUUGUAUUGAGAUGGUUAGUGGGUUUCGCUGCCACGAAAGCUGUUUGUGUACCACCAUUACAGAAACUUGGAUGACCCCUUUGAUAAUUGAUAUGCUUUUGGGGUUUCAUGCAAUCCAAGUUUUUUCUUUCCUUUUUUUUUUUUUUUUCUUUUUUCAAGUUCCCUCUUUCUUUAAGUUGUAUUUGGUUUUUAUUUUAUUUUAUUUUUUUUUUAAAUCCUUAUUCAAAUGCCCCCUUGCACAUUA